AAUCACAUUUCUCAACUCUACGAGACUCCCCCUCUUUCUUUUGAGCCAGCCAGUUUCAUCACUCGUCCGUACGAACUAGGGUUUGACAGUGACCUACGAUCACCAUGUACAGAACCGCUGCCUCUCGCCUUCGCUCUCUCAAGGACCAUGUGCGUGGUAGGAUACCUGCGGCCACAAGAUUCGCCAGUUCUAGUGCUGUUGCCACAAGUUCAUACUCUUCAGGUGGUCUCUUUAGCUGGUUGACUGGGGAGCGAUCCAAAUCUUCACCUCCUUUGGACUUUCCACUUCCGGGUGUCUCUCUUCCACCUUCAUUGCCUGAUUAUGUUGAACCGGCUAAAACCAAGAUUACGACUCUCCCAAAUGGUGUCAAAAUUGCCUCGGAAACAUCAGUGAGCCCUGCUGCCUCAAUAGGUUUAUAUGUUGAUUGUGGCUCAAUCUAUGAGUCACCAAUCUCAUUUGGAGCCACACACUUGCUUGAGCGCAUGGCCUUUAGAAGCACAAGAAACCGGAGCCACCUGCGUAUUGUGCGGGAAGUGGAGGCAAUUGGUGGCAAUGUCCAAGCCUCAGCUUCUAGGGAACAGAUGGGAUACACUUUUGAUGCUCUGAAAACUUAUGUUCCUGAAAUGGUGGAGCUGCUUAUUGACUGUGUGAGGAACCCUGUUUUCCUGGAUUGGGAGGUUAAUGAGCAGCUCCUGAAGGUGAAAUCGGAGAUCACCGAUGCUUCCAAAAAUCCCCAAGGCUUGCUUUUGGAAGCAAUUCACUCUGCCGCUUAUUCUGGUGCAUUGGCUAAUCCUCUUCUAGCCCCAGAAUCUGCCAUAAGUAGAUUGAAUAGUACAAUUUUGGAGGAAUUUGUUGCUGAAAAUUAUACUGCUCCUCGGUUGGUACUUGCAGCUUCCGGUGUUGAACAUGAGCAGCUGUUAUCUGUAGCAGAACCUCUUUUAUCAGACCUACCGAGUGUUCCUUGUCCCCAAGAGCCAAAAUCUGUGUACACUGGAGGUGAUUAUCGCUGUCAAGCUGAUUCAGGGGACCAGAGAACCCAUUUUGUUCUUGCAUUUGAACUUCCUGGUGGUUGGCAUAAAGAGAAGGAAGCUAUGGCUUUGACUGUUCUUCAGAUGCUACUGGGAGGUGGUGGAUCAUUCUCAGCAGGAGGGCCUGGAAAAGGAAUGUACUCGAGGCUAUAUCUUCGUGUUUUGAAUGAGUAUGCGCAAGUUCAGUCAUUUUCAGCAUUCAACAACAUCUACAAUCAUAGUGCCAUAUUUGGUAUUCAGGCUACCACUGGUUCUGAUUUUGUAUCAAAAGCUAUUGAUGUAGCAGCGAAGGAGCUUAUUGCAGUCGCCACUCCUGGAGAAGUUGAUCAAGUACAGCUAGAUCGUGCUAAACAAUCAACCAAGUCUGCAAUUUUGAUGAAUUUGGAAUCCAGAAUGAUUGUAUCUGAAGAUAUAGGUAGACAAGUUUUGACAUAUGGUGACAGGAAACCUGUGGAUCACUUCUUGAAGGCCGUGGAUGAUGUUACAGUGAAGGAUAUUACUUCAAUAGCCCAGAAGCUUCUUUCAUCCCCACUGACAAUGGCAUCAUAUGGAGAUGUCAUUAAUGUCCCAAGCUAUGAUUCUGUCAGCAACAAGUUCAAGUCAUAAUUAAAUUGCUUUCCUGUGUUGAACCGGGCAGGCACCAGACCUGUUGUCUAUAUUACUUUGCAUCUGCAUACCUUCAAGCUUUUUUACGGCCAAUGCAGUUGACAAUAAGAUAAAUUUUAGACAUUCCCAUUUUUAUGAAUAAUUUGGUGCGCUAAGCAUAACAAGCCAGCAUUUUGAUGUAUUUACUGGCGUCCAAGGUCAUAUUCUUUUGUAGUUUGGUCUACCAUUUACCGAAAUAGCUGGUUGAUAAUACAAUUUUCAAUGGCGACCGAAGUUGAUGGAAUUGCUGUUAGUGUUCCUGAUCCAUAAUUUAUUUCGGUAAUUCUGUUCUUGGUCAUGUCAAGUUUUGACUUUCUCUUGGCCCUUGUAUUCUGGAUGAACUACUGAAGACUUGUUGAGAGUAAAGAUGGGUUUCUUAUGACUUAUUUUGAUGUUAAAGUUGUGGAUUAAUGUGUGGUUUGAUUAUCUAUAUGCUAAUAAGCAAAUUUCAACUCU